AUGAAAUAAAACAUUAACUCAAGUGCAGCUACAAAUCCCCUUCGCAUCUCUCAUGAAUCUUUGGAUCUUGAUGAUAUUAUCUCAGACUUAAAUGAAGGCAACUUCAGACCACCUCAACAAUAAGAGCAGCAAGUGACUAGCAGCACUAACAGAACUAAUGAUACAAACACUACUGGCAAUAAUAAACAACAAACAGGUCUAAAGUCAAAGGCCACAGCCUCAAGUUCAACUCUAGUAAAGACUCAGAGUAAAGCUAAGAUUACUAAUAACAAAGAGAAUAAUAGCAAGGUAACGAAUUAGAACAAGAAAGAGUUGAUGGUGAAUGGAACUUAAGCCGCAAUUAUUGAUUCUAAAUACUCAGUAGUAGGGAAUAUUUCUACUUAGAUUGAAUCAGACAGAAAGCAAAAGGACUAUUUAAUCAGCACUACUAGUGAAUCUCAAAGUGAAGCUAGAUUACAAGGUAUGUAGCAAUAGAUUGAAGAGGUGAAAUACUCUGAUAGGCAUCAUGGGAUUGAAGAUUAGCACAGCAUCAAUUAAAAUUUAAGAUAUCAGUAGCCUACCUCCAAUAAUAUGGAUUCAGCACCAUUUUAUUUGAACAGAGGAAAUAUCUCUCAAGCUUCAAGUAUUACUGAUGAGGAUGUUGAAUCAUUUCAAAAGAAACUUGACACACUUAUCAUCAACUUCAGAUCAGAAACAAUGUCUGAAUUCAUGAGAACCAAAAAGCAAGUACUCCAAGAAUAGAGUCAGACUAUUGAUGCUGAGAGACGUCGAUGCAACACUUUAUUGGGCGUAAAAUAGAAUGAAAUUGAAUAGUUGAAAGAAAACUUAGGAUAAAAGACCAAGCUUUGUGAUGAACUAGGCAUCAGAUGCGAGAUUAUGGCUCUUUGGGCAGGUAAAGGCAAGACACUAGCCAGAAUGAAGGUUCUGCAGUUCAAGUGCUUUAACGCUUUAAAGCAGUAUAGAGAAUUUAAAAAGCAUUCUAAGAAUGUUUUGAAGCAUAAAUUAGAGCAAUAUAGAGAAAACACAAAGAGAAAAGUUUUUCUUGGCUGGGAGAAGUAAUAUAAAGAAUGGAAAAUUAUCAAGAAUAGAGACGAUUUUGAGAAAGCAGUCAAAACUGAGCUCUAAUAAAUUUGCGCUUAAUAUAGCAAAGAAAUUGAAUCAUUAAGAUAAAAACUUGACGAAGCAAAUGGAGUUGUAGAAUAAGAGAAUAAAAACAAAGCAAUGAUGUCAGAAAACUUAAAGAAAGCUUUCAUGAGAGGAGUUUGCGCUUUGAACUUCGAGGCCAUGAACAUUUUAAAUCCAAAUGAUGUGAACUACUAGAGCCAAAUUGAAAAAGAAAUGGAAAAGCAGGUUAUGUUUGCAAUGAAUGAUAUAAGUAGCAAUACUAAUCAACAGUUCAACUCUUAACUGCAAAAUUAAUAGUAAUAUCCAUCGAUGAAUUAAAGGGUGAUUGAAACUAACAGAAGUCCUUAGUAAAAUAUUAAUACUCAGUUCUAAUCAAGGACAGUUGAUUAAUCAUUCUAGAAUUCAAAUAGCUACUAAUAUAGUCAAAGUGAUAUCAAUGAUUAGUAUCAGAGUGAAAGAAAAUUCAUGCAAAUAGAUAACAACAGCGAUAUUGAAUACAAAAAAGUAGAAACCAAAGAUAGUUAAUGGAAACCAGCACCUAUAAUGGGAAGAGAAAUAACAUAAUCUAUAAACACUUAGCAAUUUAAUCAGUAUAACUAGCAACCAUAAAUUACUUAGAUGCUAAAAUAAUAAUAGUAGCCUUAAUAAAAUUUCGUAUUACCUUCACAUUUCAAUAGAUUAAACAAUGGAGGGACUCAAGGGAUCGGUAUGCCUUAAUUUACUGAUACUUAUAAUGGAUAAAUGAACCUAUAAUCAGAGGGUCAGGCUUUGAGUGAGGAUAAAGUGCUAUACAAUUAGCAGUUGAACUAUUAAAGCUCAUCUUUGCCUGAUUUUGUUAAUCAAAGCAAUAAUACAAUCAUUGGAAAUAGCUCAAGUCUCCCAUAAGUAAAUGUCACAGGUAAUUCUAAUAGUUAGACUGAGGGUAAAACAAUAUACGCUGCUGGUGUUAAUUAAACUUAAAGUUAAAAUGCCAAAAGCAAUAUUAGUAAGUCAGUAUCGGUGAAUCAGACUACUAAGAAGGGUACUGUAACGUCAACUAUUGGUAAAAAUAACUCAAAAGCUUCUAAAUGA